CCGGCCGUGGGCGCCUCCGCCCGCGCGGGGUCCCGGGGGCCGGGGAUGCGCGUCAGCCUCCGCCUCUGAGAUCGCAGCUGCCUGGGGGACCGGGGGAUGCCCGAGGCAAGUCUGGGCUUUCCUUUUUAUUAUUAUUAUUAUUAUUAUUAUUUUAUAGACAUACAUAUUCUUUUUCUUUACGCUUGGCUUUCGGGAAAUCUCCGUGAUGUUGUAGGAGAAAGGAAAUGAUACUUUGAGGAACUGGAGAGGACAUAGAUGCGUUUUCUUCUUAAGAUUGGAAAGCCGUGCGUCCCCUCUUCCCGGCUUGCCCCCGCUCUGCUGAUUCCGAGAGCCACCCUCCUCCUGGGGAGGUGAGGAUCCAGCAGGAAUAAAGGUGAAGACGGGCCGCCAGGACCCAGGAGGGGGGACACUGACCGGUGCAAACCUUUGCAGAAGAUACUGUAAGGAAGAACCUAAGGGAAAGAAAAACACAAAGACUUAAAAUCAUACAAGAAAUCUGCGAAUCCAGCUCUGGAGAAAGCCUCCUUCUCCAAAAUGGAUAUGUUUCCUCUCACCUGGGUCGUCUUAGCUCUCUACUUUUCAGGAUGCGAAGUGAGAGGCCAACCAGACUCACCCUGUGGAGGUCGUUUGAAUUCCAAAGAUGCUGGCUACAUCACCUCCCCAGGUUACCCCCAGGAUUACCCAUCCCACCAGAACUGCGAGUGGAUUGUUUACGCCCCCGAACCCAACCAGAAGAUUGUCCUCAACUUCAACCCUCACUUCGAGAUCGAGAAGCACGACUGCAAGUACGACUUCAUCGAGAUCCGGGAUGGGGACAGUGAAUCCGCAGACCUCCUGGGAAAGCACUGUGGGAACAUCGCCCCCCCCACCAUCAUCUCCUCCGGCUCCGUGCUCUACAUCAAGUUCACCUCCGACUACGCCCGGCAGGGGGCAGGCUUCUCUCUGCGCUACGAGAUCUUCAAGACAGGCUCUGAAGACUGUUCAAAAAACUUCACAAGCCCCAAUGGGACCAUCGAAUCCCCUGGGUUUCCUGAGAAGUACCCACACAACUUGGAUUGCACCUUUACCAUCCUGGCCAAACCCAAGAUGGAGAUCAUCCUGCAGUUCCUGACCUUUGACUUGGAGCACGACCCUUUGCAGGUGGGAGAGGGAGACUGCAAAUACGAUUGGCUGGACAUUUGGGACGGCAUUCCGCAUGUCGGCCCUCUGAUUGGGAAGUACUGUGGGACUAAAACACCAUCUGAACUCCGCUCGUCGACGGGGAUCCUCUCCCUGACCUUCCAUACAGACAUGGCGGUGGCCAAGGAUGGCUUCUCUGCACGCUACUACCUGGUCCACCAAGACCCACCAGAGAACUUUCAGUGCAAUGUCCCUCUGGGAAUGGAAUCUGGCCGGAUUGCCAAUGAACAGAUUAGUGCCUCAUCCACCUACUCUGAUGAAAGGUGGACACCUCAACAAAGCCGGCUCCAUGGCGAUGACAAUGGCUGGACACCCAACUUGGACUCCAGCAAGGAGUACCUCCAGGUGGACCUACGCUUCCUAACCAUGCUCACAGCCAUUGCCACGCAGGGAGCGAUUUCCAGGGAAACCCAAAACGGCUACUAUGUCAAAUCCUACAAGCUGGAAGUCAGCACGAAUGGGGAAGACUGGAUGGUGUACCGGCAUGGCAAAAACCACAAGGUGUUUCAAGCCAACAACGAUGCAACAGAGGUGGUUCUCAACAAGCUGCACACGCCGCUGCUGACCAGGUUUGUCAGGAUCCGGCCCCAGACCUGGCACUCGGGCAUCGCCCUGCGGCUGGAGCUCUUCGGCUGCCGGGUCACAGACGCUCCCUGCUCCAACAUGCUGGGGAUGCUCUCGGGCCUCAUCCCGGAUUCUCAGAUCUCGGCCUCCUCCACCCGCGAGUACCUCUGGAGUCCCAGCGCCGCCCGCCUGGUCAGCAGCCGCUCGGGCUGGUUCCCCCGGAUCCCGCAGGCCCAGCCGGGCGAGGAGUGGCUGCAGGUGGACCUGGGAGUGCCCAAGACGGUGAAGGGCGUCAUCAUCCAGGGGGCCCGCGGGGGAGACAGCAUCACUGCCGUGGAAGCCAGGGCAUUUGUCCGCAAGUUCAAAGUCUCCUAUAGCCUAAAUGGCAGAGACUGGGAAUACAUCCAGGACCCCAGGACCCAGCAGCCGAAGCUGUUUGAAGGGAACAUGCACUAUGACACCCCUGACAUCCGAAGAUUCGACCCUGUUCCGGCGCAGUACGUGCGGGUGUACCCCGAGAGGUGGUCUCCAGCAGGGAUUGGGAUGCGGCUGGAGGUGCUGGGCUGUGACUGGACAGACUCGAAGCCCACCGUAGAGACACUGGGACCCACUGUGAAGAGCGAAGAGACCACCACCCCGUAUCCCAUCGAUGAGGAGGCCACGGAGUGUGGGGAGAACUGCAGCUUUGAAGAUGACAAAGAUUUGCAGCUCCCUUCAGGAUUCAAUUGCAACUUUGAUUUGCCCGAGGAGCCCUGUGGUUGGAUGUAUGACCAUGCCAAGUGGCUCAGAAGCACCUGGACCAGCAGCUCCAGCCCCAACGACCGGACGUUUCCAGACGACAGGAAUUUCUUGCGGCUGCAGAGCGAUGGCCGGAGGGAGGGCCAGUACGCGCGGCUCAUCAGCCCUCCGGUGCACCUGCCACGAAGCCCCGUGUGCAUGGAAUUCCAGUACCAAGCGACGGGCGGCCGCGGGCUGGCGCUGCAGGUGGUGCGCGAAGCCAGCCAGGAGAGCAAGCUCCUCUGGGUCAUCCGCGAGGACCAGGGCAAUGAGUGGAAACACGGGCGGAUCAUCUUGCCCAGCUACGACAUGGAGUAUCAGAUUGUGUUUGAGGGAGUCAUAGGAAAAGGACGUUCAGGAGAAAUUGCCAUUGAUGACAUUCGGAUAAGCACGGACGUCCCACUGGAGAACUGUAUGGAACCCAUCUCUGCUUUUGCAGGUGAGAAUUUUAAAGGGGGCACCCUGCCACCAGGGACCGAGCCCACAGUGGACACGGUGCCCGUGCAGCCCAUCCCAGCCUACUGGUAUUACGUAAUGGCCGCCGGGGGCGCCGUGCUGGUGCUGGUCUCCGUCGCGCUGGCCCUGGUGCUCCACUACCACCGGUUCCGCUAUGCGGCCAAGAAGACCGAUCACUCCAUCACCUACAAAACCUCCCACUACACCAACGGGGCCCCUGUGGCGGUGGAGCCCACCCUAACCAUUAAGCUAGAGCAAGACCGCGGCUCGCACUGCUGAGGGCCGAAGCCAAGGACGGCACCCAAAACAAACGAGAAAGACUGCAAACACGUUGCCUCGAUUUUGCACUUUUUUCUCCUCGCCUAGUCUCUGUGUGAACUCUCAGACGCCUCUCUCUCUCCCUCUCUGUGUGUGUGUGUGUGUGUGUCUCUCCCCCUCGGGGCCCGAACCCUGUGUGCUUUGCUUCAUCCUGACCAUAGUCCUUGGGUUCUUUCUUUUUUCUUUCUUUCUUUUCUUUUCUUUUCUUUUCUUUUCUUUUCUUUUCUUUUCUUUUCUUUUCUUUCUUUCCUUCUUUUUCUUUUCUUUUUUUUCCCCUUUCCUUUGUGGAUUCCCAACCCACCACCCCUCCACUCUAAUGCUGCAUCUUGGACUAUGAGAAGAGAUCCACCCCUCAGCACUCCACAACUGAAGGCUCAGCUGGUUUCCUUGCAGAGACUGGUUCCCCGUUUCUCCCCCGGCCUUACCCCGUGCCUCCCCCCCGGUGGGCAGUCUGCCAGGAGACUGGAGAGGAAACCUGGCUCUGUGUGUUUGUACAUAAUAUACACUUGCGUGUGAAUAGCUCUAUGUUGUGUGUGGUGGUGGGGUGGGGGGAGUGUGAGAAAGAGAGCCUGGUUCAUUGUGGGGGGGAGUGUGUGGGUGUGUUCAGAGAGGACCCCCCCCUUUAAUUCUUGUGUUAUUUCCCCGGGGGGGGGGGGUCCAUUUUACAAGAAAAUAAUAUACUGUACUAGUUUUGUUUACUCGGAGAAGAGAUUGAAGCUUUUUGUUGCCUUAUCUAGCUCUGGCUGGGUUUCUGUUGGCUACCGUUGUCAUCUCCAGGUCCCUAAGAAACUAGAGGCCACGUGAAAUGAAAUGUGGCCCCUCCCGUCCCUGUCCCGUUCCCAACCCAUCUGGCCCAAGAGGAAAGUUCCCCCAACGCACUCAGACGUGACCCCUUGUCACGUCUCCUGGAGUCUUUGAAGCAGCAAGAUAGCAGCCAUUGGGUGCGUGCAGAACCAUCUCGACUUCCAGCCCUGAAGCAAAUCUGUCUCAUGUUGCCUUAUAAAAGAGAAGCUCAUAAUGAAUGUUUAGCUUUGAUCAGUGAAGUCCAAUCUUGGAGUAAGUCAUAGAGAAUAACAAAUCUGAGACUGGCGUAGCAGAAGCAGUAGCCUGUUUUAAGUUGGGAGCAGGAGGUGAAGGAGAGGAGGGAGGAGAAGGAAGGACUGAGAAGUGGGGUCUUUUACAAGUCUCCUCCCUCGGGGGGGCGGGGUUUAUUGUGCCCGACUUGGGAUGGAAUGGAGUAAGAAGGUUAAAAAUCACAUUCUUUGGUAUUAUAUUGAUCAUUGUAUUCGCAUUUGUAAAAUGUGGGGGAAAGGGGAUCGUUUGCUUUCCUUUCGUGGUGUUAACGUGUGCCUGAAUCUAUAGCCGCUAAAACAUAAGACUGUCCACCUGACUUAAUUUAAAUAUUAUGAGAUUAUAAACAAAAAGUAGUCAUUUUUUUUUUUUUUUUGUAACGUGUCAGUGUGCUACCCCUUAAAGCGUUCGUAGCAUCUGGCAAAUACACCCUCGUAGGCUGGCCUGGCAUUUCCAGAUGUUGCGGCAUCGGAGAGGAUAUAAUGAAAAUAAAUCUGUUGCUGCCCAUGUGUCUUCUCUAAGCAACGCACGGAGAGGGGUGUUGGAGAUAAACUGCCUAAUGAUACUGUAGAGAGGAUAGAUUCAAUAAUGGAGUCGAUUUCAUUGAUAGGAAAUGCGUAUUUUUAAUGAGAGGCUCAGUGAACCAUGGCUCAGCCUUGGGGGGUGUUGAUUUCUCACCUUCCUGCUAGGAACCCACUGGGGAGGCAUAAGAUUCUCUCCAAAGAUGGUUGCCUGGGCUGAAAGCCUCCAGGUACCUUCUGAGAACAAAAUAUUAUUAUUAUUAUUUUUUUUUUUUUGGCUGCUUGGGAGAGAGAGACUUUUAGCAUUCUUUCAGAAUUGUACUCGCAGGUCCCUCCAGCACACACUCACUUUCGCAUCUGGUUUGUUUCAUCCUUCUGAAAGAAAGGUGCUCUCCCACUCUUAUUCUAUUUCAAAGAGCUACUCUGUCUCAACCACAGCAGCCCUGCCAAGAAGAGAAAAGAUGAAAGGCUAGAGCAUGAGCCACCUUGAGAUUUCAAGUGUCCUACCCCAGCUGAAGAUGGAAAAAGCAGCCAGGAGAGGGAGGAGGGCCAAGAGCCCAGCAUCCCGUGUGAUGAAUUCCAUGCCAGUCACUAAGGGCUUUUUAUCUCAGGUGUCCACAUCCAGUUGUGCGCUUGGGGCCAGCCGUUGCCUCAAAAAUGAUUGACAUCCCUGUAGGCGCCCCAUGGAGGCAUGGUGUCAGGAAAUUACACCUGGAAAAUCCAGCCAGUGUAGCAAACUGUCUGAGUUACUAUAUACCCUUGAGGAUUUCCCUUCUUUAAAAGAAGAUGACAACAACUUUGUGCAUUUGCUGUGUCUUUAUCUGAUGCCCCAUGUGGCAUCAUCUUUAUGUACAUGCCAUAGUUGAGAAUAUGAGGCUGCUCAAAUCUUUGUGAAUCCCACGAUGCAGUUCAGCUGGGGAUGUCACAUUUCUCUCUCUCUCUCUCUCUCUCUCUCUCGCCCAGCAACUUUCAUAGUAUUAUCCAGGUACUAUGCUCAAAGGGCAACUCUUCCAUAAAGUCAUGCUUUGCAGCUUUAGAAAGCAAAAUUCUGUAUUUCAUAGAGGGGGGAAGGAUCACUCUCUUCUAAGAAAAAUAGACUGGACAGGUGAAUGCAUGCAUGCAUGUGUUUAGAGUUGCUUCUCAGAAGACAAAGAGGUGAUAGCAACUAUUAAAAUAUAAACGAAUGAAUGAAUGAAUUGAAGGUCUAGCUGGGACUGGUAACAUUUUUGCCUUAGUAGGGGUUUCGUAUCAACAGCUCCAGGAGGGAAACCCUUAUCUCUGGGGUUAAAAAAAAAAAAAAUCCCUUCCUUGCUAUUAUGCUCACAAUUGCUAUUCCCCUAAUUGCUGGUGAAGGCAGAAAAAGGAAAAAAAAAAAAUCAUAGCAUCGCCAUUGACGAAACAGGACACUGAAAAUAAAGUGAAGUGAAAUUGACUUUUCCCUUAUCCCACAUUUUUGGGACUAAAGCCAGAAUAGGACAGGAAAUCCAGUGAUAUUUCUGACAUUGAUACCCUAUCUUUAAAAAGACCCUGUCUUUAAAAUGAAACUAGCAGGCAAGCAAACUCCUAAAUAAUCGAAAAUUACCAAAGAACAACAAAACGAGAAAACUUAAAGAUUUUUACUUCCUAUUCUUAUUCCCUCUUCCUAUAACUGUGACAUCUCUUGCAUUGCUCAGUUGCCUGUGUGUCAAAAUAACUUGUGGACAUUGGAAACUAUUUGAAAAUGUAUUGUGUGGAAUGUAAUAAAAUGAUGAUAUUUUUAUACAAA